AUGUCAAGCCCUCAAGCACCACCACCUUCUUGGGAUAGUCCUCCAAGACUAUCCCUUGAAGACAAGAAGAAACUUCUUCCCUACCUUGAAGCAGCCGACCUGGAGACGUCUAGCCAAGCCGCAUCACACAAGAAGAACCUUCUAGCCACACCAGAAGAGGAGAUUGACCCUGAACUGAUCGAGUUCGUGAAGAGAGAUCAAUUCCAUGAUCUAUUUUCAGAGUAUGCGCUGGAGCAUAUAGAUCACUUUGAGAAUCUUUGUGAUUCUUAUGGAGUUUUUGACUUUGUGAUCACUAGCUGGACCAGCACUAGAUUGGGCGCAGCAUGA